UGAAUAAUUAGGUCAAAUAAACAACUUACUACAAAACCAUACAACAAAAAAACUAUUUAACUUUAUUUACACUAUUUGGAACCCUGGGUUUUUGCUUCAGCCGACGAACACUACUCUCACUAUUAACAAACUCUUCUAAUUCCAACUUCACCGUUCGCCGUCACAACCACCGUCGGUAUUCCACUCAUUCUCUUCCGUUCCGGAUUACACCUGAUUUACUGUCAUGAAGAAGCUCCCUGUUUCUGAAACAAAACGCGGUAAGCAUGGGAGAAAGAAAUCUCCUGUAUGGGAACACUUCUAUGAGGAAGCAACUGGUAAACCAGGAUGUGCCAGGGCUAUAUGUAAAAGAUGCAAAAGCUCGUUUGCUUAUAUGAAAGAUUAUAGACAAUCUGGCACCAGCCAUCUCCAAAGACACCUUACUUUGGGAACAUGUCAGAGAAAUCUACAAGCCAAUCGCUCUAAUACUGGUGUUAAUCUACAUCUACAUAAGAAACAAGCUAGAGCGAAACCUUACAGUAAUUCUAUCUCAUUUGAUCAGAUGCAUUGCAACGAUAAGAUUGCCAAAAUGAUUAUUUUGCAUGAUUAUCCACUUCAUAUUGUAGAACACAAAGGUUUCAUUGAUUUUGCACGAGCACUUCAACCGCGGUUCAAUCCACUGAGCUUAAAUACUGUCCAAGAGGAUUGUGUUGCCAUUUACCUCAGAGAGAAGCAAAACCUUUUGAAUCUUGUUAAUGGGAUUCCUGGGCGAAUCAACCUCACCUUGGACUUGUGGACUUCAAAUCAGACGUCGGGUUAUGUUUGUCUUCGUGGACACUUCGUUGAUGGUGAUUGGAACUUACAUCAUCCCAUUCUUAAUGUUUUCGCAGUGCCGUUUCCUGAUUUGGAUGGUUCCUUUUUUAAUCAAACAAUAGUGACCUGCCUAAGUGGUUGGCAUUUAAGUGGCCGCUUGUUUUCCAUUUUAUUUGAUAAACUUUUUUCGAAUGAAACUUUGAUGGAAAGUAUGAGGGAUCUCCUCUCUCUUAAGAACCCUGUGAUCCUCAAUGGUCAUUUAUUAAGACAGAGUUGUUAUGGUCGCGUGCUUAGUUGCCUUGCAUUAGAUUCUCUUUGGGCAAUGCAAGAAACUAUUGCUAAAGUUCGAAAGUGCGUGCAAUAUGUGAAAUCUUCAAAUUCUGUUGAAGAGAGGUUUUUGAAGAUUAAGCAACAACUUCAAGUUCCUUGUAAGACAAAUCUUUUAAUUGAUGACAAAAAUAAAUGGGACACAGUCUACCAUAUGCUUGUUGCUGCCUGUGAAUUAAAGGAAGUUUUUUCCUGUUUUGAUGUAGUUGAUCAUCCUAACGACACAAUGUUACCUACAAUCGAUGAUUGGAAGCAGGUUGAAAAUUUCUGUGCAUGUUUGAAGCUUUUGUAUGAUGCUGCUAAAACUCUAACCAUCCAAUCAUACUCAACCGCAAACUUAUUUUUCCCCGAAGUGUCCAAACUUAAGGUGCAAUUGACUGAGGCGAGCCAAGAUCCUUACUGUUGUAGUUUGAUUUUGUCUCUGCAAGAGAAGUUUGAUGUGUAUUGGAGAGAAAGCUGCUUCAUCUUAGCAAUUGCUGCAGCCAUGGAUCCGCGGUAUAAAAUGAAACUCGUGGAAUCUACUUUUGCUAAAAUAUUUGGUGAGAAUGCUGAGCCAUGGAUACGAACUGUUGAGAAUAGUCUUCAGGAACUGUUCCUCGAAUAUAGUAUCAUACAAGUGAUGCCGUUUACAGAAACAAAUUUUGACAUUGGGAACGAGAAUAUGAUGAAAACAGAAUGUUUUGACAUUGGGAACGAGAAUAUGAUGAAAACAGAAUGUUUUGACAUUGGGAACGAGAAUAUGAUGAAAACAGAAUGUUUUGACAUUGGGAACGAGAAUAUGAUGAAAACAGAUGCAUUUCAAGAAGUAUCACUUGAUGCAUUUCAAGAUGUAUUACUUGAUGAUGCAUCUAUUUUUCCUGUUGAAGACGGACUUAUAGAAGAUGGACUUCCUGAUAUUGAAUUCUAUAUAUCUGACUUCACUACUAACCAGCUAUAUAAAUCAGAAUUGGCUGAGUAUCUUGAAGAGCCUCUAGAGCCCAAUGUGCAAGAAUUUAAUGUUCUAAGCUGGUGGAGAAUUAAUGGAUCCAAGUACCCGACUUUGUCCAGAAUGGCAUCUGAUACUUUAUCUAUUCCAGUAUCCACUCUAUCCGCAGAUUCUAUUUUUGACACAGAAAUUCGAAAAAUGGAUAGCUACAGGAGUUCACUAGACUCUCUGACUCUUGAGGCCCUUAUUUGUACUAAGGAUUGGUUCAAUUGUGAAUCAAAACCCUUUGAUGUUUCACAUACACUUGUGAAAAUGAAGUAUUAGAUGACACUGGUUUUCUAAUUCUUAGGCUAUAGUUUUUAGGUGUUGAAAUUUUGAAAUUUUGAAAUUUUGAUUCAGGUCAACUAAUUUUUGUGAUCAACUCAUUUUUUUCAGUGUUUAGAACAUAUUGGUGAUUCUAUUUUAAUACUUUUUUAUGA